AGUGCACCCUAAUUUUGUUAGGAGUUUUAAACCUCGCUUACACCGUUGCUUCAAGAAAAUCUAAGAUACAGAUCAAACCAUUAUGGCAGAGGAGAGAGAGAUGAAAAUGCCUUUGCUCGAAAAUAAAAAAUCAGAAGUCGGUCUGAGAUCUUAUGGGGGAAUAGGGGUUCAAGAUAUCCAAAAUGUAGACCCAUCAUCAGGCGACGAUGUGAUAUCUAAUGUGGGAACUAAGGAUCUAGAUAUCCAAAAUGUUGACCAAUCGUCAGAUAAAGUGGACACGAUUGAGGGAUCAACACAAUUGGUUGUGUUUGGCGUAGUUGUACUCGCCAUAGUGGUAUCAAUAAUGGCGAUCCAUUGGGCAAAGUUGCUUUACGAGGACUGCUAUUCUGAUAAAUUAAUCUAUUGGCUUUUGGUUAUAGUUAGUGCUGUUGGAAUUAUUUCCGUUUCUAUCCUUAUAAUUUUACGUUUCAAGAAAUGUGCUAAAUCAAUUCACACAUCAUCAGGAAUUACUUUUCUGAAAAUAAAACUUGUUUUUAUGUAUAUAUUUGGAGUAGGCUAUUUAUUUCAUUGUGGAUUGUAUGCAUGGAAACACACUUUUGAAAACAAAUGUCCUGGAAACAAUGACAUCGGUUUAGCGUACAAUAUACUAAGUAUCAUUUACACAUUUCAUCUGUUUGUUCAUUUCGCCUUGUUUUAUGAAAGAAAAAAUGACAAUACGUUUUGUGAAAAUUUUGCGUCACUCUUUAUUAUGGUAACAAAUGCAUGUAUUUGGCUAGAUGCAAUUUUCUCAGAAUCGGGAAAAGUUUUCAAUGAUGAUAGUAUGAACGAUACUGAUUCGACAAAAAUAACUAAUAUGACGAAUUCUUCAAACAGAGCGGAGGAUGCUAUUAAAAUCACCGAUUCGUUUUUGUCUCCUGCUUUGAUUGAAUUUUCGUUGAUUUCAAUUGACCUGCUGUUUACAAUGGGAAAGCAUCAACAAUCAGAUGAAAACAAAAUAUUAAAAAUUAAAAAGAAAAUCUGUCAAGUUCAUUUGGAAAGCUUCUUUCAAAUAAUUUUCUCUCUGGUUGCUUUAACUUUGUUUGCUUUCACCUUAGUAGUGGUGCUAACUGAUGACGAAUCCACAGAUUUACCCGAUUAUCCGGAUGAUUUUGAGAUUUAUGUUUAUUAUCAAUUUGGAAUGAAAUGCAUAAUGCUUUUAUUAAUAAUGAUAUGUGUUUUUGUCGAAUUUCCAGGUUUUACUUUCCAUUUUAACGUUUCGACAUUUGUUUUAUUGAUUGCCUGUUUUGGCAACGUUGUUUAUCACAUUUUGUACUGUUUUGCUUUAGAAUCAAAGAAUAACAAACCCUAUAAUUGUCCGCUAAUCUUUUCUUUGAUAGAGAGCAUCAUUGGUAUUCUAUUAGCACUAUUGCAAACAGUAUUUAUAAUAGGACUACAUAUGCCAAAGGAUAAUAAAAAGCUUUCUGGUGAAUCAAGAUGUCAAAAGUGUACAUAUUGGUUACACAAAAAUGUUGUGUAUUACGCAUGUUGCCUGUUAGGGAUACUUAAUUUAGGGUUAUGGGUCAGUGACAGCAUUGGGGAAUUGAGACUCCCUGUAUUUAGCAUCACAAUUUACAAGGCGUUUAGAGUAAAAGUUUGGUCUGUCAUUAACAAAAUUAUUCUUCCUUUAACAAUCUUUUUUCGUUUUCAUACUGCUUUUGAUUUUUUAGAAUAUUACUGGAAGCAUGUUACAAUGAUUAACAAUAGGCAAGAUAAUGCUUAACUGUGUAACAAUGGCCAAGAUGUGGGUUUUACUGUAUAACAACAACAUAACGCAUUCAUUGAAUUAAUUUUACGGACAAAUUUGGAUUACCGGCAUUCGUCACAGCACAAUCUUGAUUUUUACACAAGACGACAUUUUAGCUCACCUGAACCAAAGGUGAUUUUCUGAUCACCUGUUGUUUGGCGUUCGAUCCGUCCGUUCGUCUGUAAACUUAUCACAUUUUUUACAUCUCCUCUAAAACCAUUUGACCAUAUUUAUCCAAACUUGGUACAAAGCAUCGUUAUGGAAACUGAAAAGGGAAUGCUAAAUGUUAAAAUAAAGGACGUAACUCUUUUUAAAAGGGAGUUAAUUGCAAAAAAGUUAGUAUAGGAUGUGUGUAUUUAAAAAUCUUUUUCUUAAGAACCACAAGAUUAGAAAUGCCAAUUUUUUACACCAAAGCUUUGUUUUAAAGUGAAAAUUUUAAAUUGUAAAAUUCGUGACCCUCAGUACAAAACUGGGGCCCCAGGCGGGGUUCAAAUUUUAACAUGGAAAUACGUAGGAGAAAUGUUUUAAAAUGUUCUUCUCAAGAACCACUGCACCAGAAAUGCCAAUAUUUACAACAAAGCUUAUUUUUUAUAGUGAACAUAUUAAUUUAUAAAAAUUGUGACUCUCGGAUCAAAGCUGAGGUCCCAGGCGGGGUUCAAAGUUUAACAUAGAAAUACCAAUAUAUUUAUAAAUAAGCUUGUUUCUAUAGUGAAUAUUCUAAAUUGUAAAAUUCGUGACCCUUAGACUAAAACUGGGGCCCCAGGUGGGGUUCAAAUUUUAGCAUAGAAAUACGUAGGAGAAAUGUUUGAAUCUUCUUCUCAAGAGCCACCGCACAAGAAAUGCCAAUAAUUUCACCAAAGCUUGUUUAUAUAGUAAAAAAAAGUUGGGCCUAAGGUUGGGCUCAUAAUUAAACAUAUAUAAAGCAAUGUUUAAAAAUUUUCUUCUCAAGAACUACAAUGCUUUAAUUUGUGAGAUUACUAUGCGAGUAUCUUACAUGUACAAUAAUGUAAUCAAUAAAGGCGU